UUAAAGAGAUCUAAACAAACCCACACAACACUUCACCACUAUCUCGUAAUCUCUCUGUUCCUCUUUCUUGCAGCUGAAAAUGACAGAAAUUCAUAAGUACAUGAUCGAGAACCCUAUGUUCGAACCUUGCAAGCCACAAAAACGAUAUUAUCACUCUUCUUCGUUGCUCUCCAUCCUGUUAUCGAUCUUCACUUACGUUUUGAUAUUUUACGUUUUUGAAGUAUCUCCAUCGUCGGUCUUCAAAGAUACAAAGGUUUUGUUCUUCAUAUCCAACACUCUUAUCCUUAUAAUCACCGUUGAUUAUGGCGCUUUCACUGGUAACGAGAGGCACGACUUUUCCGGUGAGUAUACUGCGGCAGCGGCAGCAGCGAUGAGACGCCGUGCAUAUAACUACACUCCAGUUCCCGUCUUCACAUACGGAGAAAACGCUAGACAGCAAAACUCUGGCCAUGCAGAAAUGAAGAACCGUAAAGAUGUUGAAGAAGAAUCGAUGGUAAAAGAUAUUGUGUGUGUUUCAUCGCCUCCUGAGAAAAUAGUGAGCCAGGAAAAGUUGAGAGAAGAUGUAGCAAAAGAGGAAUACAAACCGGUUAGUGAAAAAAGUAGUGCCGUUAAUGAAGAAAAUCGCAAAGCAAGAAACCAUGUGAACCGAAAAUCUUAUGGACGAACUAAAUCAGAUAAACCACGGCGGGUUAAGAUAACCGAAGAUGAAAAGGCCAAACGUAAAAGCUAUCGUCGAAGCGAAUCUGAUAGCUCCAAAUGGAUGGUUGUUUCACAGAAACGGGAGAAUGUUGAAGAAGAAUCUGACGAGUUCUCAAAGAUGUCUAACGAGGAACUGAACAGAAGAGUCGAAGACUUCAUCCAAAGGUUCAAUAGACAGAUCAGAUUACAAUCACGAGUUUCAUCUACAUGAUUUGAAUUGCUCAUAGUAUAAUAAAGCUAGUAAGAGCUUUUAUUUUUUAUUGCUAGAGUUCUUUUUUCUUUUUUAUUAAGACUUUGUGAUGAGAUGACUAUCUUUGCAGUCGUCGGUGUAAAUUAAUACACGACAUGAAAAAUAUAAUUGUUACUGCCCUGAUAA